CAAACAAAAAAAAAUAAAGCUGGGCACAUGGGUUGGAAAUUGACAGUACCUUUACCUCUAAUGAAAUAUUCCAAUGACGCCUGAACGCAUCAGCUGUGCAGGUGGCUCAAAGGGCGUGGCUACAUCCGAGAGAACGCGGACUUUGGUGCGCAUGCGUGAGCUACAAAAGUGCAUUUCAGAAUGAUUACUGGUGGUCAGCGGAGAUACAGAUUAUGCAGCUCUACACAACUGUUGUUUUAAUCCCCCGGGAAAGGAGAUUUAGCAAGAAAAAAGACUGGCUUUAAACCCAGCAGCCAUAUUGAAUGGGAAAACGACGGACAGACUCUUGUUUUUGUGAGAAAGUAGUCUUUCCAAAGAAACUGACAGACUUCAGGGGUUUUUUUUCCCCGAGUUUUUUUUUCCUUUCCUGGCGGUGGUCUUUGGUUUCACAGCUAGCUUGCCAGCUGGCUGAGGAAUCUGGUUAAAGUUCUUUGGGUAUUAUUAUUUUUUCGUUUGAUUUCUUUUUGUCAAAAAGGGUCAAAUUUAGCGCCUGGAGAAUGAAGGACCGAUUGGAGCAGCUUAAGGCGACUUGUGAUCAAGAUGACGAUGAGGUGGAGAUCGCUGUGGACAAUGCAGCCUUUAUGGAUGAAUUCUUCUCUCAGAUUGAGGACAUCAGGAGUAGUAUUGAUAAAAUUGAUGAGAACGUGGCUGAAGUCAAAAAGCUGUACUCUGUCAUCCUAUCUGCCCCCACAUCAGAACAGAAAACCCAAGAUGAUUUGGAAGCUAUCACCAAUGACAUCAAGAAGAUGGCAAACAAUGCAAGAAACAAACUUAAGACCAUUGAGAGGAACCUGGAGACAGAACAGCAGCAAGAGAGGGUGUCAGCUGACAUGCGGAUACGCAAAUCACAACAUGCAGUCCUAUCCAGGAAGUUUGUGGAAGUAAUGACAAAGUAUAAUGAAGCUCAGGUGGACUUCAGGGAGAGGAGUAAAGGACGCAUUCAAAGACAGUUGGAAAUCACUGGUAAAGCAACAACAGAUGAAGAACUGGAGGAGAUGUUGGAGAGCGGGAAUGCUGCUGUGUUCACUGCAGGGAUUGUGGACUCCGGGAUUUCAAAGCAAGCUCUGAGUGAAAUUGAGUCGAGACAUAAAGACAUAGUCCGUCUGGAAAGUAGUAUCAAGGAGCUGCAUGAUAUGUUUGUAGACAUCGCCAUGCUAGUGGAGAGCCAGGGCGACAUUGUAGACAACAUAGAGAAGAAUGUUUCCCAGUCAGUCGACCACAUAGUAGAGGCAAAAGAGCAAACCAAAAAAGCUGUAAGGUACCAAACCAAAGCGCGCAAGAAAACGGUGAUAAUAGUGGUGAUUGUGGUCAUCUUGCUGGCAGUACUAGCCCUCAGUAUCGGGUUGGGGGUGGGAUUACAAAAUUAAGUUUGAGAAGAGUUGAAGAAGAUGAUCAUCAUAGCUGUAUGCUGUGCUGUGCUUGUUGUCGUCGUCCUCAUCAUCAUCCUCACCCAGACAAUAAAGUAGGACUGCCUCCAUCACCAUCCAUCAUGCACUCCAAGCUACCGCCAGUCUGCCGUGGAAACCAAUGACUGAAUUCAUGUGUGCAGCAAAUGACCGAACAAUUCACCCUUUAAACAGAACUGUGUAGCAUUGAAACACUGGAAAAGAGAAGUGCGGUCCCUCAUUUACGGACACUUUGGAGAAUGUUAUGCUGCAAAUGAGGAAUUGGCACUUGAAGCUGACAUUAGGUACAAUACCUGCUGUACCUCUGGAGGCCAAAAAAGGGGGAAGCAGAAAAAUUCAUCACUCCAGUGGCGCUGAACAUUUCAUUGUUUUAAGAUUUCAAAUGUUCCCCUCUUUGUGUUUGUCGUACAUUUGUGACACCAUGUAGAAGCACACAACGUCCUGAUCCUUUACUCCUUGCCUUCAUGAGCCUUGACACUCUAAGCCUAAAAAGCUACCAAAUGUUCACUUAACUGGGAGUUGAUUGGUUUGACGAGGGGAGUUCCAGCACUUUCACACUUCAGAAUAUCAAAGUAAGCUCCAUUAUAUGUAAUUAUCAUGUAAAUAAUAGAUUUAUUUUUGUGUUAUCGUUCUUUUUUUUAUGUCUCGGUUCAUUUAACUAAAUUAAACUGCUAGUACUUUCUUACGAUUCCUCCAUUUAAAGAGGUGUUCUUGUCAAAUUUAACCAUGUGAAUGAUGCCUUGUGGGAAAUAUGAUAAAACUGCAACAAAAAGACAGCAAACUAAUAAUAACUUGAAGUUUCAUUUUGACUGUAACUAAAAUGACAUUUGGUAAAAAUAAAAAGGUUUUAGUGCCAAAAAUGUUUGCAGAAACGUUUAUAGCAGUGAUUAUCUUGUUUCCCAUAAGUGUUGAAAUACUUUUAAACAAUGUUUUUGUGUGAUUAUUAAAUAACAAAUGAAAUAAAGUUAUUAUGGAAAAAUAUAAGUGCUGGAAGUUCUCUUCUCUUGGAUAAGUAUGAGUGAAUGUUUCAAGUCUCACACAUACGAGCUUACUGUAGUUUAGUAUUUAAACUUCUACUGUGUUUUCUAAACACUUCAGGGUAUGCAUGUUUUUGUGAACUUUUUUUUUCCCCUAUAAACAGGCUAAUAUAAUUGCAUAUUUCUUUUGGUAAACACGAGCUGAACAUGGUUUAUUGUGGGGCUUCUCUGUUUAACAUUGGAUAUGGACCUCAUAAACCACGGCAUGAAGCAAAUUUUUGUUGACCACAAAGUAACUUGAAACAAUGCUCGAGUUAAAAUUGUCCUUUUAUUGAAUAAAAAAUCACCACUUUGUUUGGUCCAUGAAUGCAACACA